AUGGCAGUGGAGUACGUCACAUACCAGGGCAUCAAGUUCCCCCCUGCGUAUAACUCUGAGCAGAGCCUGCACUUUGCCCACAAGGAGUUCCAGGUGCAGGACGAUGAUGUCUUCAACGUCACCUACCCCAAAUCAGGCACAGUGUGGAUGAUUGAGAUCUUGAGCCUGAUUCGCAGUGGCGGGGACCCAGCCUGGAACCGAGCCGUCCUCAACUCCAACCGCGUGCCCUGGUUCACUACCCGUCUGGGGCUGGAGUCUGCACUGAGCUACCCCCGACCCCGCCUGCUGACCUGCCACCUCCCCGUCCAGCUCUUCCCCACAUCCUUCUUUGGCUCCAGGGCCAAGGUGGUCUACACACUCCGCAAUCCCAAGGACGUCCUGGUCUCCUAUUUCUAUUUCUCCAAGAUGUGCAGCUCAUACAAGGACCCUGAGUCCUUCAAGCAGUUCCUGCAGGACUUUCUGAGCGGGGAUGUGCCCCACGGGUCCUGGUUUGAUCAUGUCAGAGGCUGGAUGGAAAUGAAGGGCAAAGAGAAUUUCUUCUUCAUCACUUACGAAGAGCUGCAGCAGUGUGGGGGGCUGUGCCAGGACCUGAGGGGCAGCGUGCGGCAACUCUGCCAAUUUCUGGAGCAGGAGCUGGAUGAUGGAGCUAUCAACUCGGUGGUGGAGAAUGCAUCCUUCAGGGCCAUGAAAGAGAACAAGAUGUGCAACUCGACGCUGCUCCCCAGGGACAUUAUGGAUCAGGAGAAGGGCACGUUCCUGAGGAAGGGCAUUUGUGGGGACUGGAAGAACCAUUUCACGGUGGCACAGAGCGAGGCCUUCGACAGGAUCUACCAGGACCGGAUGGGGGGGCUGACGGAGGCGUUCCCAUGGGAUUCACACUAG